AUGAAGGUUGUAGAAAAUGAGGUUCAAGAUUUACUGGAGCUUAAAAAUAAUAUGUUGUCGACAAUAGCAACACUGGAACAAGAUAACAAGGUCUACGUCAAAGAAUAUAAAGAGACUCAAAAAGAGUUAUUCACGCUAAGAACUAGAAAUCUGCCAGUAAAUAUUAAUCUGGACCUAAGCAGACAGCAAAUUGAACAUGUUCCUGACCAACAGGUUGAUGGAAAACAACAGCUAAAUGAGCGAGACAGAGCUCAUAUUAACAACAAAUUACCGAUGGAAGCAAAUAAUGAAGUUAAAAAAGAAAAUAAAAUGCUUAUCUUGGGAGACAGCUCUGUCUUUGACCUUUACAAGUUUAUUGAGAGACAAAAAACUCUUGAUAAUUUCAAAACUCUCAUUUGUCAAGCACAACGCAUGCUUAGAGAGUAUUGCAGAAGAUAUAUGUGGAUUAACCAGAGAAUUCGACAAAAAGGACUUCGUUAUUGUUAG